AUGUCGAGAGAGGUGGACAAGCUCAGAGCAGAGUUGGCUAAUUCUGCGAACUUCGACCCGCGGACAGGAGGGUCCUAUGGCAGUUCUGCUGGAUAUAAUAGAAGUGUUCCUGGGGGAAACUAUGCUUCUGUGCAAAAUGCCUAUGGUGUGGGACAGGUAUAUAUUAGUUUUGAUGGGGGAGGGUCCUAUGGCAGUUCUGCUGGAUAUAAUAGAAGUGUUCCUGGGGGAAACUAUGCUUCUGUGCAAAAUGCCUAUGGUGUGGGACAGGGCCAGGGCCCCCUUCCUGGAGGGGGUAGUGGGGGUGGACCUGCUAGUGCAGCUGGUCCCGGGGGCAAUUCUCCUCAUGUUGGAGCGCAUUCCACUCCUUAUGGUUCAGGAACUCCGCGUGAUGCAUCCAGUGGCCCUGGUUAUGGUGCAUCUAGGGGAACUGGUUAUGAUCCCCAUAGACGGGAUGUUGGAACUGGGUAUGAUGCCCAAAAGGGACAUGCUCGAGCAGGUUACGAUACUCAGAGAGUGCAAACUGGAACUGGUUUUGAUGCCCAAAGGGGAUCAGUCGGACCUGGCUAUGAUGCCCACAGGGGACCUAUGUCAUCUGUCCAUCAUACCCAAAGGGGACCCGGAUAUGAAGCUAUGACUGUGAGAGGACCUAGGUCUGACACCCAGAAGGGACCUGGAUAUGAGAUUCAGAGGACACCUGGGUAUGAUGCUCGUAAAGGGCCCAUUUAUGACGGACAAAGUGCUCCAGCUUAUGAUAUGCAACGGGCAUCAGGAGAUGAAGCUCAUAGGGGAUCUAAUUAUGAUACGCAGAAAGGUGCUAGCUAUGAUGCCUCAUCUAGAGGAAUUGUAGGGCCUCAAGGACAGGUUUCUGUGAACAAUGUACCUUAUUCGUCUAGAGCUGGAACAGGAUAUGAGCCAGUACCACGAGGUGGGAACCCUGUACGUAGAUGAGUUGGAGACCCGUCCCAGUUGAGUGUCUUGGCGAACUUCUUAAAGGCUACAUCCGUGCAUUUUAUCCUUCCUUCUGGUUCUCAUUU